AGCUAGUUCCUUUUAACUCGGAGCGGAAGGAUCUAAACAUGUCGUCUCCGUCGCGGGUGCUCGAUGCGUCCAGUCGGGUUCUGGUGGUGGGGGCAGGCCUGACCGGCAGCCUGUGCGCCUACCUGCUCAGGAAGGAGCUCAAGCACAAAAAAGUCCACAUCGUCGUCUGGGACAAAGCCCGCGGAGUCGGUGGAAGGAUGUCGACGUUCCGUCCUCCCGACCCGUCGUCCCAUUCGGCCGACCUCGGAGCCCAGUAUAUCUCGGCCACGCGCGAGUAUGCGCGCGCUCACCACAGCUUCUACUCGGAGCUGCUGGCGGCAGGCGUCCUGCGCCCGCUCGACUGCGCCGUAGAGGGCUUGCGGCACAAAGACGGCAACGUGGACUACGUGGCUCCGCUGGGCAUGAGCAGCGUGGUGAAGCACUUCCUGCGCCAGUCGGGAGCCGACUUAUGCCUGGAGCAUCAGGUGAGCGGUCUGUACCGCCACGGCGCCUCCUGGGAGGUCCGCAAGAAGCAAGGCGGGAGCCACAACUUUGACUCUGUGCUCUUGACCAUCCCCGUUCCGCAAAUUCUGCAGCUCGAAGGCGACCUGGGUGACGUUUUAUCUGUCCAGCAGAGAGAGCUGUUGCGCGGCGUGACGUAUUCCUCCCGUUUCGCCUUGGCGCUCUUCUUCCCUCCCGGGGCCGACGUGGGCGUGCCCUGGGCUGUCCGCUACUAUAACAACGGCGACGAUGACGAGGCCAAAGUCAUCUGCUACGCUUCCGUGGACUCCCGCAAACGCGGUGCAGAGGCGGACGCGGGUCCCGGGCCGUCAUUGGUGGUCCACACCGGCGUGCCCUUUGGCCUGCGGCACCUGGAGCGGGAUGCCGAGGAAGUGCGGCCCAUCAUCUUGCGGGAGCUCGAGCGGCUGGUCCCCGCGCUGCCUCAGCCAACGGGCGUCAAGUGCCACAAGUGGAGGUACUCGCAGGUGGCCAGCGCCGUGGCGGGCUGCCCGGGUCACAUGACGUUGUCGGAGCGGCCCCUGCUGGUUUGCGCCGGAGACGCCUUCACUCACUCCAACUUUGACGGCUGCCUGGUGUCGGCGCUGAGCACGCUCCGUGCCUUCCAAGACGUCUUGUGACCGCAAGCGCGGCUCUGACCGCGUGUGUCCGUGUACUGGACCGUGUCAAUAAAACAAAGGCGUUUGACUCCC